UAGUAUAUAUAUAGCCCUCCAAACGAAUGCUACAUCAUCCAAGCUAAAGUCCUUAAAUCCUAUUCUACCUUUAGUCAUCUCUUCUUGACCAUCAACACAAAAAUCCAACAAGAAAACAUGAUUGUCAUUUUGCAUUUGGCUGUAGGAUUAAUGGGAAAUGCUGCUUCAUUUCUACUUUAUGUUGCUCCCAUAUGGACUUUUGCUAGGAUCAUAAAGAAAAGAAGCACAGAAGAGUUCUCAUCUGUACCUUACAUCAUUUCCUUGUUGAAUUGUCUUUUGUAUACUUGGUACGGUUUGCCUGUUGUAAGCAAUCAAUGGGAGAACUUCCCGAUUAUCACCAUUAAUGGCCUCGGUAUCCUAUUUGAGCUCUCAUUCAUCAUUAUCUUCAUAUGGUUCACUUCACCAAAACAAAAGUUGAAGACUGGGAUCAUGACGACUAUAGUUAUACUCAUCUUCUCCACAACUGCACUGCUCUCAACUUACUUGCUCCAUGAUCAUCAUACACGAAAAAGAUUAGUUGGAAGUGUGGGACUUCUAGUCGCAGUAGCCAUGUAUGCUUCUCCUCUUGUUGUCAUGAAAAAAGUGAUUGAGACAAAGAGCGUGGAGUAUAUGCCAUUUAGCUUAUCUUUUUUCUCAUUUCUAGCAAGUGCACUAUGGUUGGCUUAUGGACUUCUAGGUCAAGAUCUUCUCAUUGCGGCUCCAAAUGUUGUUGGAUGCCCUCUAGGGGCAUUACAACUGGUGGUGUAUUGCAAAUACAGAAACAGAGUAAUGGAGGAGCCAAAAGAAGAAUGGGAUGUAGAAAAACUUGAUCAAGAAGACAUUAAACAACAUUUGCAAAUUGCAGUGGUUACAACAGAUGAUAAAAUCAAUGAAAAGAUGUCACAAAACAUGAACUCUUGAUCGAUUAGGUUAAGCAUAGAUCAUGAUUCAUAAACAGAUUAAAUUCAUGAUGAUAAGUUUUUAGUUUUAUGUAUCAAUUUCCAAAAAAAUAUGACGAUAUCAAUCAUUUUUCGAAUGUUAUUACAUGGUUUUGAUUUA